AUGAAGCGUCAUAUAGAUCGCUGUCAGCGACACCAGACCACUUCAGGAGCAUCCAAUCAGCCCCUUGAGCACCGCAACUCAGCAGAAUUAGUUGCACUCCUUGACGAAAUAUCCAGCCUCCAGAGUGACAGAAAAUUCCCUGAAUGUGAACUUGGCAACCUCGAGUUGCUUGUUGAUGGGCAGGAACUACAUUGGACGAGACCUGCUUUGAUACCAAUAUCUGAAGUCUGGGACGAGCAAUUCUCACCGCUUGAUAUAUUCGAUGCUGUGCGUUCCAGCAUAAAGGACUUGCCUCCAAACUGCGUCUACAGAGAUGGUGAACCCAUCACAGAAGCAGAACAGGAAUGGAAUAUUAGCAAUGCCUUCUAUCAGGCGGGCAUCCCUCUCCACAACUCCGACCUUUCAGCAAAAUCUUCCUUGAUGAAUGUCCCUCUUCCAGGGAAGUUCCGCCGCCUUCGGCCCUGCCAAGCGCUCAGGAACCAGCUUAGGAUCGCAUCUGAUCAUAAUCUCGAUCUCUUGGCUAAUUUCGCACCUGCUGGGACCUUUGUUGAUAUUCACCUCGAUCAGAAUCAGCAUGGCUUGUCUCAGUCUGUGGGGUAUUCCAAGCAUAUAUGGCUCCUGUAUCCACCAACAAAAGAGAACCUUAGGGUGUUUGCACAGUCCUCUGGGGAAUCAGGCUGCCUCUCCAAAAUCUCAGGCAAACUUGUGGAAGGUUGCAUCGCACGUGUUGAUUCUUCCAGGGUUGUCUAUCUUCCCCUGGCUGGUUACAUGCCACCUUCACAACAAAACCUGGGGCACUGGUUGGGAUCAACUUCAAAUCUCUUGAGGGUCUGGAGAUUAUGGCCCGGAGUGUUGCCAUACACCUCCCAUAUAUAUACCAGGUUCCUCAGGCGGUGCUGGAAGAUUUCAGUGAAUAUGCCAGAGCCAUAUUGUUCUUUCUUGACAACAAACAUGACCCUCAAAUCAUCACAACUGUGCUCAAGAGCUGGAUAAUGUUUUCAAAAGGCCUGUCAGGUGUUCAGCAGCAUGUGGGUUUUCAGUCAGCAGUGCUUGCUUUUCUUGAUGGUUUGAAAAAGGGAUUGUCACAGAAAGAGGCAUGGUGCUGUGGGACAGCUUACAAAAAUGUCCUCCGCCACAUUGCUCACGCACAUGGUGUGGCUGGAAUGUAACUAGCAGAAAGAAACAGCAGCAGUGAUAAUGAAGGGUGGGCAGAAGUUGCUUUGGCAUCCAUGAAUACUAUGUACAUAUAUUAUAUCAGAACAAUCGGACAUAACCUUGUCCUGUUUCUUUGCUCUC